CUGCAGAAACGCAGGCAACCUGGUUAGCGUACGCGCGUGUGAUCCUAUCCCUUAGUACACGUAUUGUAGGUAGGUUGCUAACGGGUUCCUCCUGUAGCGCCCCCACUAAGCAGUCGCGCCGAGCCCUGUUCGCCGCACGCGCACCUCGUGCGGCCGCCACCGAACGAUCAACCCGCCGCAUUGACCUCGUGAGGCCGCCACCGCAUUGACCUCGUGAGGCCGCCACCGCAUUCACCCAUUUCCGAAGCUCGGCCGCAGUCUCGCCUUCGCGAUGGGCUCGAUGGCGCUAUCGCGGGGCGCCGUCAGAUGGUCCGUCGCGCCGCUGCUAGCUCCAUCGCGAUCCAGCGUUGCUCGCUUCGUCACAUCGCGUUUAGCCCAUGCGCCGGUCGCGGCAUCGCGGCCAUCGGGCCUCGCCACGAGCCACCGGAGCCUCCCCUCUCAGUUUCUCGGCGAUUCCGCCGGCACGAGCUCGUUCGGGUCUGCUGUACGGCUUAACGCGGGGCAGGACCUAACACACAUCCCAACCGGCCACAGAAACGCUCCGAUCCUCCCCAAAAUAGAGGCAGCAGGGUGGUCACGCAAAGCAGGAGGCAAGUCAGGGGGGGGCAACAGCAGCAAAGCAGCCAAACCCAAGGCGAAGUCGUGGAAGGAACGGCACGAGAAGUUCGUAAAGCCGUUCAUCCUCGAUGUCUACAUCUCCAAGCGUUACGUGAGCGCUAAGGUUAUGCAUAGGGUUACCAGCCGGGUGGUUUCAGUAGCCACUACAAGUGCGAAGGACCUGCGGCUGUCGCUGCCGUCCUUGGUGGAUGAGAAUGCGUGCCGGGUGAUUGGGAGACUGAUCGCUGAGAGAUCGAAGGAUGUAGACGUGUUUGCGGUGGUGUUUAGGUUGAAGAAAGGGCAGAAGUAUGAAGGGAAGCUGGCUACUGUGGUGGAUACGAUGGUGGACGAAGGGGGAAUCAUGCUACUGUAGUCCUUGGCUGAUUACCGUUGCUUAUAUAGUGGCAUGCACCAGAUGCACUAAGGAGGAAAGCCGUGUACUGUGGUAAAGCUGCAAAAAAGAGUGCAAAGAAGAGGAGUGCAAAAAAGAGGAGUGCAAGAAAAGGGAGUGCGAAAAAGGGGAG